AUGUUAUGUCUGAAGGGAAAUGACUUCUUGGAGGAGUCUCCGUACGAACCGGUCAACAGCAGACUCUCGGACAUAUUCCGGUUAGCCCCCAUCCUGGAAGGAGAUGGCCUCAGCCCAGAGCCCACUGGGUGGCCCUUCACUGACCCCCAGGACCAAAGUAGGAACAGAAGAGCUCACCCCAACUGGGCCAUUCUGGGGUUUGGUGAAGUUUGA